GCUUUGCGUUUGCAAAAUGUAGACCCUAGACUAAAAUCGAACGAACCGAAAGCUCCCUAAAUCAUUUAACAUUAUAUGUAGCAACUGUGAGAGUACGCGAGCGAUGUUUUAGAACAUCCGUUACCAAGCUAUGGGAAGCAGACGACACGGGCGACGAUCGCGUUGCUCGCGGAAUGGCACAUUCGGCCAUUGUGGCUGGUUGGAGAGCUCCCACAGCUCUCACCAGUAAAUUCGGCAUGCGCGUAGAAAGAGCCCCUUGAAAAUGACAGGCUGUAGUGUUAAGAAGUGCACAAAUCGCGCGGACAGCGGCAAGAGCUUUUACAGGAUUCCGACGACGAGAAACGAUGUGAGACGCCGCCUCGUCUGGCUUUUGCGUAUGGGACGGAGAUCGCCAACUCCCAAGAACGCAAGAAUUUGCGAGGAUCACUUUGAAUCGAAGGAGUUUGAGACCUGUGAAGUUAAUGGCAGACGUAAACUGAAACCCAAUGCAGUUCCAUCUCUUCUCCUCAGCCCAGAUUGUCAUCCUUCCACAGAGGAACAAUCUGCAGACAUUGCUUCUCAAGUCGAUGUUCAUUCAGCCAUUUUGUCGGAGUCCAUAGUGCCCAAACCAGCUGCAGAAAUUGCUUCUCAAGUUGAUAUUCAUUCAGCCAUUGCGUCGGAACCCGUAGUGCCCGAGCAAGAAUUUUUGAUGAUGGCAACAUAG